AUGGCUACCCAAGUGCUGCUGCAGACAGUGCUGUUCCUGCUGACUCUGUUCUUCCUGGUCCAAGCCUCUGCCUCCGCAGGUGCCCAUGGUGGGGGCCCCCGGGAAGACUUCCGCUUCUGCGGCCAGCGGAACCAGACGCAGAAGAGCAGCCUCCGUUAUCAACAGACGCCACAGCGGCACAUCUCCAUCAACAACUCCGAGGGGGCCCUCACAGUCCAGGCCCCCUUCCCUGCAUCCCCCAAUGCUUCCCACUUGUUCCCUGAACCCAGGGGCCUCUACCACUUCUGCCUCUACUGGAACCGACAUGCUGGGAAAUUGCAUCUUCGUUAUGGCAAGCACGAUUUCUUGCUGAGUGGCCAAGCCUCUGAUCUCCUCUGCUUCCGACAUGAGGAGAUCCUGGCCCAGGGCCCCCCACUGCUGGCCACCUCUGUCAGAUCCUGGUGGAAGCCUCAGAACACCAGCCUGCCCAGUGCUUCCAGCUUCACCUUCUCCUUCCACCACCCUCCCCAUAAGGCCUCUCACAAUGCCUCCACCGACAUGUGUGACCUGAAAAGGGACCUCCAGCUGCUCAGCCAGCUCCUGAAGCAUCCCAGGAAGACCUCAAGGAGGCCCUCAGUCACCCCUGCCAGCCAGCAGCUGCAGAGCCUGGAGUCAAAGCUGAGCUCUGUGAGAUUCCCGGGGAAUGUGGUGUCCUUUGAGGAGGACCGGAUCAACGCCACAGUAUGGAAGCUCCAGCCCACAGCUGGCCUUCAGGAUCUGCACAUCCACUCCGGGCAGGAGGAGGCGCAGAGUGAGGUCCUGGAGUACUCGGUGCUGCUCCCCCGAACACUCUUCCAGAGGACAAAAGGCCGCAGGGAAGAGGCCGAGAAACGACUCCUCCUGGUGGACUUUAGCAGUCAAGCCCUGUUCCAGGACAAGAAUUCUAGCCAAGUCUUGGGUGAGAAAGUCUUGGGUAUUGUCGUGCAGAACACCAAAGUAGCCAACCUCUCAGAACCUGUGGUGCUCACCUUCCAGCACCAGCCACAGCCGAAGAAUGUGAGUCUACAGUGUGUAUUCUGGGUUGAAGACCCAACAUUGAGCAGCCCGGGGAGUUGGAGCAGUGCUGGGUGUGAGACCGUCAGGAGAGAAACCCAGACGUCCUGCUUCUGCAACCACCUGACCUACUUUGCAGUGCUGAUGGUCUCCUCCGUGGAGGUGGACGCCGUACACAAGCACUACCUGAGUGUCCUCUCCUACGUGGGCUGUGUCAUCUCUGCCCUGGCCUGCGUCCUCACCAUCGCUGCCUACCUCUUCUCCAGUGCGCCCCUGCCGUGCAGGAGAAAGCCUCGGGACUACACCAUCAAGGUGCACAUGAACCUGCUGCUGGCCGUCUUCCUGCUGGACGUGAGCUUCCUGCUCAGCGAGCCGGUGGCCCUGAUGGGCUCCAGGGCUGCCUGCCACACCAGUGCCAUCUUCCUGCACUUCUCCCUGCUUGCCUGCCUCUCCUGGAUGGGCCUCGAGGGCUACAACCUCUACCGCCUUGUGGUCGAGGUCUUCGGCACCUACGUCCCUGGCUACCUGCUCAAGCUGAGCGUUGUGGGCUGGGGGUUCCCCAUCUUCCUGGUGACACUGGUGGCACUGGUGGACAUAGACAACUACGGCCCCAUCAUUCUGGCUGUGCACAAGACUCCUGAGAGUGUCAUCUACCCUUCCAUGUGCUGGAUCCGGGACUCCUUGGUCAGCUACAUCACCAACCUGGGCCUCUUCAGCCUGGUGUUUCUGUUCAACAUGGCCAUGCUGGGCACAAUGGUGGUGCAGAUUCUGCGGCUGCGCCCACACACCCAAAAGUGGUCUCAUGUGCUGACGCUGCUGGGCCUCAGUCUGGUCCUUGGUCUGCCAUGGGCCUUGGUCUUCUUCUCUUUUGCUUCUGGCACUUUCCAGCUUGUUGUCCUCUACCUCUUCAGCAUCAUCACCUCCUUCCAAGGCUUCCUCAUCUUCCUCUGGUACUGGUUCAUGCGGCUGCAGGCCCGGGGUGGCCCCUCCCCUCUGAAGAACAGCUCAGACAGCGCCAGGCUUCCCAUCAGCUCCACCAGCACCUCAUCCAGCCGCAUCUAGGCACCAGCUCACCUGCCCGGAGAGAGGAAGCAGACACGGCCUCAGCUCACUCUGCCUGCGCUUCCCGCAGCUGGACCCUGCCCUCGGCGGUCAGUCAGAGACUCGAGAAAGCCCAAGUACCUUGCAGGACUGGGGCUAUCAUGAUGGCAGCUGGACUCCCAGGCUGGGCCUUAUGAAUUGGCCUUGGAGGCUGCUCGGCUCUCAAGUGCAGCUCCCAAGGGACUCAGGAGUGUGCCACCAUGCUGGCUGUGAGACUGUCCCACAGUUGUCCUAACCUGGGUCUUUCCUCACCACCCUGGGCCCAGCCCUCAUUGCUGGGGGUCAGGCCUCAGGUUUUGGAGGUCUGUCACACCUUUAGCCCUGAGCCCCUGCCCAGGACGGCUAUGUGGCUAUAGCCGGGCCCUGCAGACACUGCAGUUCCUAUCAUUUUCACCUGAAGGUGCCUAAGGCACAGGGGCUUGCAGCAGAGCUUGGAGGUCAGAGCCUGUUGGAGGAGAGGCCUUCUCCCUGGGGCAAGAGCUGUGGGUUGACUCUGAGCCCAGGGCUCUCUCUAUCAGUCAGCCACCCCCCCUACCUCUCUCCUCUCCUGGGGCCUUCCCUAUCCUUCACCCCCAGCCUACAACCCUCAAUACCAACGCUGUAUUUCGGGUAGUGGUUCCCAAGAGCUUCCUGGUGCCUGCUGUAAACUGUCAUCUACUGCCCAGGCCUUGGCCUGCCCUGACUCAGGCUUAGUAUAGACGCAUGUGCUAGGCAGGGUCCACCUGUCCAUCUGGGCUCUCUCUGAGCUGCGUCACCCUUGCUUCACCAUAGCCAAGCACACACCUCAGAGGGGCUGUCAGCCUCUCCCAAAGCUGUCUUGUGGCAAGAACUAUGGACUGUGGUGGUCUCAGUCGUUUCUAUCCCAGCACUCCACAGUCUGAGACCUACCUCUUCUGGUGACACUGUCCUAGAGCCUAACACUCUCCUAAGGGUCCUCUCCGAAUCCUUGAGAACGGCUACAGACACACAUGGCUGCCUAGCAAGUCCAAUUCUGUCCAAAAAGCACGUAAUAGAUAAUCGCCAAUCUGUGCUAGGUGAUAGGCACACGAUGGCCAGAACUGGUCACUCCUACUACCAACCUUCAGUCUACUGCAUGGGUAUCCAUGAGGCAGAUCUCCUGGAGCUCCAGGCACAGGAUCAGAGAGCCGUCAUUCUUGGCUGGGAAUCCAGUAAGACUUCCUGUAGGAGGUACCAUUUGAUUUUGAUCUCAUCUUAAAGAUGUAGAGGAUGUUCUUUUUGUUCGUAGCUAACGCCUUGCUCUGUGGCCCUGGGUAGAGUGCAGUGGUAUCAUCAUAGCUCACUACAGCCUCAAGU